AUGGAUAUUAGAAAACGAAGUGUAGUAGCCAAUGGAAACGAAAAUCCAAAGACAAAAAUAAUAAUAAUAACUGGUGAUGAACAAUUAAUCAAUUGUUUUCAACAAAAACAGAAUACAAAUAGAAGUCAAACACAAAUUUUUAAUCUUGAUACAAAUUUUAAUGGAAAUGUUCAAGAAUUAGCACUCUUAUCUGAAUUAACCGAUCAUAAUGAAACAGAUGAUCAUAUUUAUCAGCAUAUGCUUCGUUCACCAUCAACAACUUAUACAGUAGACGUUCAAAAUCGAACAACAACUACAUCAACAAUAAAAUCUAAAAAAGGAAACUUUGUUUGUGUUGUCUGCGGUGGUAAAGCAUUAGGAUACAAUUAUGAUGCAAUUACUUGUGGUUCAUGCAAAUCAUUUUUUAACAGAAAUGCAUUACAAUCGAUUGAUAGACUUGCAUGUUUGGGAUCAGAAAAUUGUAAGAUAACAAAUGCUAGAAAACAAUGUAAACGUUGUCGAUUAAAAAGAUGUUUUUCUAUGGGUAUGAGAAAAGAUUUUAUUCUAUCGCCAGAAGAAAGAUUACGACGAAAAAAACGUUUGGAAGAAAAUAAUCAAUUGUUAAGUCAUACAGAUGCGGUUAUAGUAGAUGAAACGAAUUAUUACUAUCAACAAGAUAACAAUAAUGUUACAACUAUCCAAAAUUCUACCGAUAUCACAACAGUAAUAGAUAAAGUAUUAUUUACUAAUGAAGAUCAUCUUCAAAUUCAGUGUAUUCAAACAUCAUUUAUGAUUAGUCAACAAUCAGCUGUUCGACCAUUAAUUCCAUAUCAAAUUAAGGAUAAAAUGGAAGCGUUAACAUACAUGAUGGAUAUGCAAAAUUUUACAGCUUUAAAACUUAUUGAUUAUUUAAAAUUAAUACCAGAAUUUAAACAAUUAGAUGAUAACGAUCGUUUUAUACUUGUUAAAUAUAAUUUGCUUUAUGCAUUUGUUUUAGCAAAAUCAUUGGAUUUUGAUUAUAUUAAUGGAACAUGUCGGUCAGAAUCAUCAAAUGAAAGUAUUCAACAACGUAAAGUAUUAUCUACUCUAUGUCAAUUUGAAGAACUUCGUCAAACUUUUUUACAACUAAUAUCUACUCUAAUCAACAUAACAGAAAAUAAUCAAAGUAUUAUACAUUUACUUAUUAUCGUUACGAUAUUUUCAAAAGGUAUAUCGGCAAGUGAUAAUCAACCAACAUUAUCAAAUUUUGCUCAAGUAUACGUGGCUCAAUGUAAAUAUGUCGAUUUAUUAUGGCGUUAUAUGUUACAACAGUAUGAUGAUAUGGUGGCCGUGAAAAAAUUUUCAAAAUUAAUGACAGAAAUAUUAAAAAUACAAAUAGCAACAAGAAAUUAUCAAUUACAUAUGAGAAAUCAAAUUGAUGAUUUAGACAAAAUAAAUCCGUUGAUGAAAUCACUCUUGCACCUAACUUAA